AUGAAACUAUUUGGCUACGACGAAGCUAUGCAUGGCUUAACAUUUAGAGAAGCUGAAGAGUUUUACAACAUUGUAAAAGAACGUUUGCAACAUUUGCAUAAUGCAUCUCGUCAAGUGAAGCUACUUAACCUUCCCAAAGUCAAAAAUCAUCAUCAUGUUAACAACAAUCGUUAUGGUGAGAUCGAAGAGAUUGAAGUUGAAAUAGAGAAAAACUUUCGUAAUUUUAAAAAUUUUGAGAUACUCGAAACCCCGCCUUUAGAUCAUCACUUUCUUGAUCACCAGUCAACUUCUACCCUAUUUUGUUUCGGUGUCUACAAAAAUAAGUCAUUAAAGAAAAUAAUGAGACAAGAGUGGGAGAUUUUAUCGUCUCAACUUCUAAAUUCGAUCUUUUAUAUUAGAGUUUAUGAGUCAAGGUGUGAUCUUAUGAGAGUUGUUGUGAUUAACGAGCAAGCAGCGACUAAUUCUUAUCACCAUGGUUUGUUUUUCUUUGACUUAUUUUUUCCUAAAAAUUACCCUUCUAAUCCUCCUAAGAUUGUUUAUUAUUCCUAUGAAAAAUCACUUCAUGAAAUUAGAGGAGUGGUUUGUGGUAAUUAUAUUUUCAAGAACUGGGAUUCUAUGAUUAAAUCAAACACUGAAUCCCCAAUUCUCAAUGUUCUUGUUUCGAUCAAAAAUUUUAUUUCAAAUUCAAUUGAAUUGGAAAGAAGCAUUGAAGAUAUUUUUCAAAUGCUACGGUCUCCAUUAAUAGGAUAUGAAGAUUUUGUGUUGGGUUAUUUUCUUUUGAGAGCGCAUCAUAUUCUUCUUAAUUAUAAAAAUACAUUUACUAAUCCAAAUGAGGAGAAUUACAAAACAUUCUUCAACUUAAUUAAGGCGUUUGAAGAAAUUGGAGCAUACUGUAAACAUCACUACAAAUACUUGGAGUCGUAUAAUAAUUAA